AGUUUAAAUAAUUAUAAAAGGAACCGAUAUAUUUUUAAAUUUGAACGGACACCGUAUAAAAGAGAGACAACCAAUAAGACUGAAUGAGGCUCAGCUCCUAAAUCGCCGGCAUGACAAGAUCGAUCAAACCACAAGCAUCAUCACGAUGAUCGCGAUCCUAAGCCGAAUCUCAAAGCUGCAGAAAUUAGAGGACCAACAUAUUAAAAUCCCGAAAUUAUACAACCAAUCGUGAUACCAAUCCCAUGUAUGCAUAUCUGACUUGACCGAGACCACGGCCAUCCAUGCCCGCAGCCCACAUGUUCAUCCACUCUGUGGUCUUAAUCCAAACCCCAUUCCAUCUGCUCACAUCGAAUGGACUCCAAUAGCCACAGUGUCGUCAAAACCAACGGCAUGAUCCCACCUGAACUCAACCACUCUCUUCCCUUUCCUCUUUCCUCCAAACCAUUGUCAGUCCCACGCCUUGGGCAGAGCAAUUACCAUCAACUAAACAAAAGGCGGCAGCCGGUGGUUUCUGUCGCCGUUCCGAGGCUUCCUCCAAAACCAGGGGGCACCGGAGCCCCUAUAAGUAGAGGACGAGGUCACUCUGCCACUCCCGGAACUCGAUCGAGCUCCGUGUGGAGAGUGACCUGAAUCGGUGAGGAGGACAUGAGCUCCCUGCAGUCAUGGGUAGCCGAGCACAAGCUCACGAGCAUCGGUGCUGUGUGGGCUUCUGCGCUGGGAACGUCGCUGGCAGUCGCACACAAGAGGUCGCCGACGGUGAAGACGAGCCUUCGGCUUAUACAUGCGAGGAUGCACGCGCAGGCGCUGACGCUGGCGGUGCUCUCGGGAGCGGCGCUGCUGCACUACUUCGACGCCAAAGACAAAGCUGCAACGGAUGAUGUCGAGAGUGUGACGCCACCACCUUGGCUUAAUUAAUUAGCUAUGAGAUGAUAUUUUAUAUGCUAUGGGAAGAACGGUAGCAGCGGCUGCCGUUUUCAUCCUCCUCUGUUCCCUUCUACUUGGUUUAUCUUACGAGAAGUUGAGGCUUUGUAUGUAUAAAAUACGUAUUGGUUGCGUAUAACGAAAUUGGAAUCUAAAAGGGUGUAAAUAUAAGGCUCCCCCACCACAGUAUCUUUCCACA